AACUGUGCAACAGCGCUGUAAUCCUUAACAGUUCCGGGUUAACUCGGUUGCCAGGCAGCUGCGACAUCUUUGUUCAUUGUCGAUUUGAAGGUGACGCCCCGUCUCCAACAAACACAAUGCGUUGUUCCGAUGGUCUUUUGUGGAACCAGGUCACACUUACCUGUGAUUAUGCCAGGAAUGUAAAGUGCGAGUCAG